CAUUGCAGGAGCCCAAAGAGUUGCUACUGACCCUCAAACACCAUGUCUAUACAACAAACGUUCGAGUCCCCGCCUCAAGAGUACAUCACCGACUCUCUUAGGCCCCCAAUUCCAAACCGCGACAGUACUGCAAUCUGGCAUAUGCGGACACUUUCUGAUGUCAUGUACUGUUCACAAGACUUAAAAUAUGCUAGAGGUACUUGGGGCUAUACCAUUCUUCGCACUGUAUACACUGAAGAAUCCGACCUGCUGUUCCCAAUUGCGGUGAAGAAACUUCAGAAAUGGGUUACCGAGUUUUGGGUUCACUGGCGCCGUUUCCCCAGAUGGGGUGAAAAGGGUGAAGAAGGAAGAAAGUCCAAUGGAUCUGUUAACGAUGAGGUUGCGCGUCGGUUCUGCGUUGAGGUCAUUGAAGAUAAGGAGAAUCUCAACAUUCCGAAACUGAAGGAUGCCAACCUUGAGGAUAUCAAACUCCUUUGUGAUCGCUUUUCCAGCUGGGCCAUUAGCGUGGGAGGAGAUCCAGAGGAGAGAGGUUUUGCGACCACGCCUAGAAUGCUGCUCUUUCUUGCCGUCGAUUCAACCUCACUCCAUGAUCUUGUCAAGCUAUCAGAUAAAACACCACCUCAACGUACACCGAGAGAUCUCCAAGAGAGAAUACAGUGGAGGAAUCGCGGGGACAGCUGGUUGUGGUUGUUUGAUUACCAAUCGAUCCGGGAUUACGAUCCGUCUACCGAUCCUCCGAGCUAUCGAGGAUGGAUGAAGUUGGAAGUUGCCGAUAUUGAACAGGCAUGGUUUUAUAAGGCGGGCAGAUUAGACAAGGAUGACAAGACCGUCGAGUGUAAACUCACUGAGGAGACUGAUGGAUCUAUGGGCUUUUGGUGCCAUGGUAUUUAGCACACAUGCAAAUUUGGCACAGAUCCAGAAUCAGCGAGAACCUUUCUGAGGCGAAAUCAUGGUAUCAAAUCAACACUUUGACAACGUCUCAAAGCCAGAGAGCAAAACGCAACAUCUUUCGCUGGCUUGCUCUCUGACCUCAUAUGCUCAUAUCAUCCCAUAAGGUUAGUUCACACAGUUCACAUAAUGUGUCCGCAAUAGCAAUCGUUCC